AUGGAAGAUAAAGAAAAAUUAUCAAAGAAACGUUCAAAAGUUUCAAGAGCUUGUGACUGUUGUCGGCGUAAGAAGGUCAAAUGUAAUGCUAGCUUUAGUGCAAGUUUGAACAAAAUAACUAAAAAAUGUGAUAAUUGUAUUAAGAAUCAAGAAGAAUGUACAUUUUCAAGAACUCCAUUGAAAAGAGGUCCAUCGAAAGGAUAUAUAAGAGAUUUAGAAGAAAAAUUAGAAUCAAAGAUCAAAGAUGAAGCUCCUUUAAUUGUAAAUGGGAAUCAUAAUGGUAAUGGAGUUGGAAUUAAUGAAAACAUUAUCAAUGUAAAUAACAUGACCACCCCGGCGAAUACCAAUAAUAAUAUGAAUAAUCUUCAUCCGAUGAAUAAUAUAGUAUUACCUCCUAUAACAAAAACACAAAGUCCAUUUAAUAAUUCCAUAUUACCACCAAUAAAUCCCAAUUCUCCUAAUAGUGAUUCUAAUAGUCCAAAAAUUCAAGGUCCAUUUUGGAAAGUUCCUUAUGAAUUACCAUCAAAUAAUAAUGAAUAUGAAUUAUCAAGAAGGCUGUCGAUUGAUUCAAUUUCAUCUAAUUCUACCACCGGUUCAAAACUAUCGAGAUUACCAAGUUUAAAACCUACAAUGUCAAACGAUCAAAAUUCGUUGAUAAGUGAUUCCGAUGAUGAUUACUAUUCAGCAUCACUGAUAAAAAAUUCUCGUAGAUCAUCAUCAGCUUCAAGUCCUAGAAAUUCAAUCAGCUCAUUAUCAAGUCUUAAUGGUAGAGUUAAAAAGAUAAAUAUCCAAAAUUCAAUUUCGAGUCCUAAUCCAAGUUUGGGCCAAUUACCUCAUAAACAUUCUAAUUCUUUGAGUUCAUUAAAUUCAAUGAAUCAGAAUACUUUACCUUCAAUGAUUUCACCUCCAAUUCAUCAUAUUGCCCUUGAAAGUAACUUAAAAGCUUAUUAUCAAAGAUUUCAUCCGAACUUCCCCAUAUUACCAUUCAGUGAAAACUUAAUUUUACAAAUUCUCGAUUUCAAAGAUACCUACCUUGUAGAAUUAUUUAAUCAGUCUUUGAACACUUUGAUUAAUUAUAAGAGUUUGAAUUCCAAUGAUUGUAAUGAAAUAUUGAAUAAAUUCUUAAAAAUUUACCCAUUCAGUUAUUUGAUCAAUGAGAAUUAUUUAAUCAUCUUCUUAUCUUCAUUAAUAUUGAAUAAUUAUGCAAUUUUAUUAAGUGGAAAUAAUUACUCCUUAUUGAUAUCGGUUACAAAUUCAAUUUUCAAUGAUUUCAAAAUAAUGAAUAACUUUAAAAUCUUAACUAACAAACAAAAUUUACACUUUGAUGAUUUCAAACUUUAUUUGCCGAAAUUAUAUUACUGUUUAACUAUUAUAGAUAAUUUCUUUUGUUUGAGUUUCGGUACUAAUAAAUUAAUUCAUUUUGAUAUCAGUGAUGAAGAUUUGAAAUAUUUGAUACCUUCAAAUUUCAACAAGGGAGAAUUUAAUGGUUAUAAUUAUUUCAAGAAUAUGGAAUUCAUACAAUCAUUGAUCUUAUUCAGGGAUAAAAUGUUUGAAAAUAAUUCACUGAAUAAUGAUUUUUUCAGUAAAUUCUUUUUAAAAUGUGAUAAUUUCAAUAAUUAUGACAAAAAUGGUAUGGAUUAUCAAUUUAGCUUCAUUAUGAAAGAUAAGAUUGAAUUGAUUAAAUUUUUGAUUGAGAUUAAUUACCUUUUCUUGAACAACAAUAAUAAUUUGAAUGAUGAAUUUUCUGAAAUCUUAAAUGACUAUAUCUUGAAAUUGAUAAGAUUAAUAAAGAAUUUAUCAGUUUCAAUAUUGAAUUUUUCUAAAUUCAUUUCACCUAAAUUCGAAUUGAUAUCACCACCAUUGAAUCUUUUAACUCAUCAAACUUUGAAAUUAAUCAAAUUGUCCAAAUUAGUUAUUGAUUCUUUAACUCAUUUCAUAAAUAUUGAUAUUUUCAAUAGACUAUUAAAGAUUAAUAAUGAUUUGUCUCAAAGCUAUCAAUUCAUUUUGAGUAAUAUCAAUUAUAUGAAUUUAAGUAAUACAACUAUAUCAUCAGUUAAUGAUAAAAUCAAUAAAUUUCAAAUCAAUUUCAAUUUGAUCCAUAACCAACAACAAGAUAUAAGAAAUUGGAAAUUUGAAUUCAAUUCUAUUUGGGAAUUCCUUAAUAGAGAUAACGGUGGUUGGUGUAUUUAA